AUGGGGAUAUACUCUCUGCGCCAGUUGCACCUAAGUCGGGCAAAACUCAAGGCCUCCAGUCGCACCUCAGCCUUGCUCUCUGGAUUUGCAAUGGUUGCCAUGGUGGAGGUGCAGUUCAUCGACAGCUGCAGGGAGGGGCCAGAAGGCAAGACCGAGACAGAUGAGUGCCCUGUGCCUCAGUGGCUGCUUGUUGCCUUCAGCUUGUGUACAACUCUACUAGUGGCAGUGCACUUGCUGGCACUCAUGAUUUCCACCUGUGUGUUGCCGCAUGUGGAGGCUGUGGCCAACAUAACACACGUGGACUCCAUGGCAAGUCUGCGUGGCACCACUGCCACUGUCUCAGAGUCACCACACAUCACCAUGCAUAAAUACAUUGAGGCUGCCUGGACCUUCUCCACUGUGCUGGGCAUCCUUCUCUUCCUGGUGGAGAUUGGCCUCCUCAGCUGGAUCAAGUUUCUGGGGUACUCUAAGAAUGCUGCCAUCGGGUCCACCGUGCUGCUGGUGCCCAUUGUGCUCUUGUUUACCCUGUUUACCUUUCACUUUUACUGGAAAUUAGUGGCACAGAAGGUGGAGGAUGCAGACAAGACCUUACAGGAACUGGAGGAACAGCUGAGAGUGAUGCAGCACACGGAGCGACAGCAGAAUGGUGCUCAGUCAGCGAUGCAAGUGGUGUGA